AUGCUCCGCGAGUUCGGCGUUGAAGGCGUCAGAGUGCAGGAAGUAGUGUCACUAGACAAGAAGAUCAUGAAUUUCUUACCGCAUGUCCUACGGACCCUUAAACCGGUUUAUGGUUUGAUUUUUCUGUUCCACUGGAGGGAGGACAACCCUGUGAAUCAAGAAGCAAGCUGUCCCGAUGGGCUAUGGUUUGCUAACCAGACGACGAGCAAUGCGUGCGCCAGCGUCGCCUUGUUGAAUAUCGUCAACAACAUCGAGGGGAUUCACCUAGGAGAACAUCUCGCCAACUUCAAGGAUUUCACGAUGCCUUUUACACCCGCUCUACGGGGCGAUGCAGUAGCAAAUUUUGAAUUCGUAAAACGAAUACACAACUCCUUCGCUCGUUCCAUGGAUAUUUUCAGCUCGGACCUUCAGCUCAAGAAUGAGGCCACUAGGAGGACACCCAAGACCCAGAAUGAUGACGAUAGCUCGUCCUCUGAGGCAGGCUUUCACUUUAUUGCGUUUGUGCCCGCACAGGGCCGGGUGUGGAAAUUCGAUGGUCUUGAGCGACAGCCUCAGGAUCUUGCGCCUUGCUCGGAUGAAGAUUGGCUAGACGAGGUUAGAAACCACCUCAUUAACAGGAUUAUGGAAUACGAGGAAGGCAAUAUUGGAUUUUCGGUAUUGAGUCUUGUGAGAGACCCCGUUCAAGACCACAUCGAGCGCUUGGCUUUGAAUGUGAAGCGACUACAAGUUCUACAUCCCCGCGUGACUGAGUAUUCGAACGGAAUGAGAGAAGGGCUCUCUAGCUGUUUGAUCCUUGGGCCGACACUAGAGUUUGGUUUAACCGAGGAGAUCUUGAGUCUUGUCAGGGACCAGACCAGUGAGACCGAUGGGUAUAAGGAAUGCAGCAACGACGAACUCUCCGACGAGUAUUCCCGCCUGGUCGACGAGCAGCAGGGCAUACUGGGGUCCAUCAACGAGGAGAUCCAAUCUCGCGAGAUGGAUGAUGCAUAUGCUGAGGGGAGGAGGCACGAUUAUUCCUCUGCGGUAGAGUUUUGGGCUCGGACGUUGGUACGCAAGGGCGCCCUGGUCGACUUGCUUAAUGGUUGA